AUGCCAGAAGAAGUUAAAAAGUCUAAAAAGCCAAGAGAUUUGGCUUUUACUCAACAAAAGUUACCAGCUUGGCAACCAAUCCUUUCACCUCCUUGGGUGAUUAUGUGUUUUGUUGUCAUUACUAUUGUUUUUAUUCCAAUAGGUGUGGCAAUUCUCGUAACUACACAAAACGUACAAGAAUAUAGAGAAAGAUACGACCAAGAUUGUACUCUUGACUAUACACCAUCAAAUCUUCCAGGUAGAGGACCAUAUUGUGAAAGUGUAACAUCUAUCACUGUUACUAAGAGAAUGGAACCACCAAUUUAUAUGUAUUAUAGUUUGGAAAACUUUUAUCAAAACCAUCGUCGUUAUACUCAAUCACGUUCGGAUUCUCAAUUAGCUGGUGACAAUACGAUAACACCAACAAGUGCCAACUCUGAUUGUUAUCCUAUUGUCUUUUAUGGUCCAGAUCAAGCUAACUUGACUGGUCUUUCUACAAAUGCCAACAUGACUUAUAGUCCUUGUGGUUUGAUUGCUUGGAGUAUGUUCAACGAUACUAUCAGUUUGUAUGGUCCAAAUAAUUCUUUGGUUUGUGAUGGUCUUCGUCACUCUGAAGUUUCAAAUUGUACCAAGAAGGGUAUUGCUUGGUCUUCUGAUGUUGACAUUAAAUUCAGACCACCAAAGAGUCCAGUUUUUAACAGAAUUACUCCAACUGAAUAUUAUGGUGAACCAGGUCACUUGUUACCUUCUGUCACUGAUGAAGAUUUCAUUGUUUGGAUGAGAACUGCUGCUCUCCCAACAUUCCGUAAAUUAUAUCGUAUCAUUAAUGUUCCUCUUGAGGCUGGUACUUAUUCAUUCAAGAUUCAACAACGUUUCAAUGUUUCUACAUUUGAAGGAAAGAAGUAUGUUGUCAUUACAAACAACAGUUGGAUUGGUGGACGUAAUAUGUUCUUGGCUAUUGCUUAUUUGGUUGUUGGUGGAUUAAGCUUUAUUUUGGCUUGUAUCUUUGCCAUUGGUGCUAUUAUUCAAAAGAUUAGACACAAACAAACUAGUGCUUAAAUUAAAUAAUAUUUCUUUAUUUUU